GUACUUCGCAAUUUAUCUCCAGCAUUGGCUGUGUUCGAGAAUGUGCGUGCUGCAGCAGAGUUUUCAUACCCAAAGGAUGCCCCUCCUGCGCAACCACCUGUGAAGACAGUGGAGCAAGACGUUUUGGAAUUGGGCUAUCAUUUCGUCUAUGACAUUCUAGAUUCACAAGACUUUUUGCUUCCACAACGAAGACAGCGGGUGUGGGGCAUUGCUUCGAUCAUCACUGGGCACCAAAGCCAGAAAGAGAUUCAAGAUGAGUACAAGCUGCUCCUGGCUUCAAUGAGAAGCAAUAUGCAGUUUCCUAUGGAGUUGAACUUUCCACACGCACCGACACAGGCAUUGCAAGCUGGCCGCCACACAAAGCUCAUGCAGAAGGCUCAGGUUGCGAGGCCGACUUCCAAGAAUCUAUUCAUCGACUGUUCAGCGUCUCUCAAACGCACCACCUUUGCAGAUGGAGUGUGCCCUUGUGUGACUCCUACGCACGCCAUUUACAGUCAACGUCUUGAGAGGUAUUUGGGGCCGCAGGACUUUCUGAACGCUCAGGGGUUAUGGAGAUCUUGCUUCAACAGCCAUGUGUAUGACACAAUGCUUGAAACAUCUGCUCAAGAGCUGGCAGGGAACUCCUUUUCCUCAACCGUGGCUCAGGCAGUGACCCUUGCAUCCUUGGUUUGUUGCCGCGGUGCCUGGCAAACAGCUGGAACCAGUUGUGAGUCUGAGAAGCCCAUUCUCCGCCGCUUGAAGCGGAAGCAGCCGGCCCCAGAGUAUGGAGCUGCUGAUCCUGUUGUUGUGAAAUCCUUGAAACAAAGAAAGAAGAGAUCGAAGUAUACACGCAAGGUCGCUAAUGUGGACAGCAGAAAGAAGGCCAAAGGAAAGCGCAAGUGCGCCACCAUUUGGCAAAAAGAACAAAGAUGGACCGUUUUGUGCACGACCGCACCAAAGCUGAUGCAGACUUGCAAGGAAGUGCCCAAUUCUCUCAGGCAAAUUCUGGGUCUUUCGCUCAAGUUCCAGCAUCGAAAUGGGAAGGAUCCUGAGAACACAGUAUCGACAAUUAUGCCUUUAGCUUUGGAGACCGCGGCUGAACGGGCUGAGCUGGGAGAGGAGGUGAGCUACCACUUUGUGUCUGACGUCCUCAAGGUUGGCAUUGAGCAGUACAACCAUGCGGUUGUCAAGCUUCGAGAAGAGAUACAAAACCCAGAGAAGCUGUUGGCCUUGAUUGACCGUGAGAUGUCCACUUUGUCGGAGGAUGCAAGCCCCGAGAAAAUUGAGGAGGAGAUUCAGAAGGUGGCAGAUGGGGAAUUCCACCCCCGCAUGAUAGGGAACUUCGACCAAGUAUGGUCUUUGCUAUUCCGCCCAUCCUCGUCCAGCCUGGUGAAGCAUGCCCACGUGGAUGCGCAUGCAAAGCAGAUGUCUUUCAGGAAAGUCAGGCACUGCCUAGAGCGUGCCCUUGGCCUACCGUACUCGGAGUGCUUGGACAAAGAUGAUGGUGACCACCAAGUGAAAGAACCAACCAUCACAGGCUUCAAAGCCGCGAACGUGGCCAUCGAGGGGUGGCGGAUUCCGCGCACAUUGUGCACGCUGUCAUGGUGUGACGGAACGGUGGGGAGGGGGUUUAUUACCUGCAGGGAGGGCACGAUCUCCGAGAAGGACCGGAAGAUUGCAAACGAUGAGCUCAGCAAAUGGAUUCACAUCG